UGUUUACCUUUGGUUUGUCAGGAGUAAAACCAAGAACUGCAUGCACGGCAACGUGUUUGUGAUUCACAGCAUUUCCCACCUGUAAUUCACCGUAACAAUCUAUAAAAAUGGUAAAAAUUGAGGAAUCCAAAGUCAUCGAUAUCGGCCGGGUACUGAACGAUAAAAAACGACCACUGAAGGAACGGUUCCGUGCCCUAUUCAGCUUGAAGAACAUUGGCGGCACUAAAGCGCUGGAAUGUAUUGAAUCGUGCUUCGUUGAUGAUUCCGCUCUGCUUAAACAUGAACUGGCAUACUGUCUGGGCCAGAUGCAGGACCGGGCAGCGAUUCCGAUUCUUGUGAAAGUGUUGGAAGACGAGUCGCAAGAACCGAUGGUACGCCAUGAAGCUGCGGAAGCUCUGGGAGCAAUCGGAUCGAAAGAAGUUGAAGAAAUUCUGAUCAAGUUUUCGACAGACUCGGUAAUUGAAGUGGCAGAAACCUGCGAAAUUGCUCUUGGUAGAAUUCGGUGGCUUCAGAAUAAAGAAGCUGAUUUCGUAGAUAGCAAUCCUUACGCGUCGGUUGAUCCCACGCCUCCCGCCAACAAUACCAAUAUUGCCGAUCUUCAAAAGAUUCUACUAGACGAGGAAAAUUCGCUGUUCAAUCGAUAUCGGGCAAUGUUCAGUCUCCGCAAUUUGCAAACAAAGGAGUCCGUUCUUGCUCUUGCCACAGGAUUAAAAGGAAAGAGUGCCUUGUUUAGACACGAAGUAGCGUUCGUAUUGGGUCAACUGCAGGAAGAAUGCAGUGUCCCAUUUUUGGCGGAAAAUCUCCGCGACGAAGAGGAAAACGAAAUGGUGCGACAUGAAUGUGCCGAGGCGUUGGGAGCAAUUGCAACAGAAGAGUGUACAGAAAUUUUAAACCAAUAUCUAGACGACGAGAAAAGGGUCGUCAAAGAAAGCUGCGAGGUCGCAUUGGAUAUGUGUGAGUAUGAAAACAGUCCCGAGUUUCAAUACGCUGACACACUAGGCAAGGUUUCCUCCAAUUAGAUUUUUUCACGUGAUAUAUAAAUAUACGAUGUUACAGCUGAAGGGCAAA